CCCCACUGGCCCGUGCGCCCCUGCCGCGCUUCCUUUCCGCGCCGGCCGGGACCACAGCUCGGCGGGCGUGCCGGGAGAGCCGCGGAGACCGAGUGUCCGGCCCCCGCGCCUUGGCUCUGGCCUCCGCGCUCUCCCGCGCCGGCGCCACCUCCGCCCCCCGCCGGCGGUUGCCGCUUUGUUGUGGGUUUCCAAGUUUGGUUGCUUGAGGAGUAUGUGAUUUUUUUUUCUGUUUUUCCUUUUGUGAUUUGAAAAAGAGAAAAGACCGCUCAGCGGGGCGCUGCCAACCGCCCCCACGUGGAUGCCUCCGAGGGAAGGGGAGUUGCAACAAACUUUGUCCAGCUGGCCUUGAGGACUCGGCUCUGGCCGCCUGGGGUCAUGCCUCUCACGCCGGGCAGGUGGAAGGCUUUACCCGUCCUGGGCUGGACUUGAGCCGCGCCCUCCGCCGGCAUCUCGCCGCCGACCCCCGCCGCACACGCGCCCGGCGCCUGGGGCCGGCCCUGACUGCGUUCCGCGGCAUGGAUAAGUACGAUGACCUGGGCCUGGAGGCCAGUAAGUUCAUUGAGGACCUGAACAUGUACGAGGCCUCCAAGGAUGGACUGUUUCGGGUGGACAAGGGCGCAGGCAACAACCCAGAGUUUGAGGAAACCCGCAGAGUGUUUGCCAACAAGAUGGCCAGAAUCCACCUCCAGCAGCAGCAACAGCUAUUGCAGGAGGAGACCCCGCCCCGGGGGAGCAGAGGUCCGGUUGACGGUGGGGGCCGCCUGGGCUCACAGGCCCACCGGGAGGCUGCCGUGGGUGGUGCGGCCAAGCCCCCUCUUGCUGCCUCGACAGUGGGUUCUGGGACAGCCCCCAGCAUCGCUGCUGGGCAGCCCGUGUACCCACCCCAGGAGCAGCGGGCCAGGCCGUAUGUCCGAGGCAUGAAGCACGGCAGCCAAGACUGUGGUUCCGAGGAGAGCCCAGCAAGUUCUGCAAUGUCUGCCUUCCACAGGCUGGGCACCUGUGAAGAUCCUUCCUGCCUCACCCACGGAGACUAUUAUGACAAUCUCUCGUUAGUGAGCCCGAAGUGGGAUGAUGAACCAGGUGCGUCCCCCGACAUCAGCCUAGAGGUAGGGAAGGGGCGGCCUGGUACCCCAGGGAGUGACCCACCACUGCUCAGAGCCUCCAGGGACCAUCAGUUGUACCAGCCACAGCUCUCCUCAAGCUCCAGCAAGUCAGUUGAGAGCAGACAGGAUGGUGGUGGUGGUGGUCGUCGUCGCAGUGAGAAGCCAGCGGGUCUUUGGGCCACAGCCUCCUCCCAGCGUGUGAGCCCUGGCCUUCCUUCCCCAAGCCCGGAGAAUGGGGCCCUCUUGGGGCCCUCUCAGCCCAGGACCCCUUUCUUAGCACCCCUGGCUCUGUGCUGCCCCAGUCAAGGAGCUGUUGCAAGAACAGACCCAGGGGUAGGGAGUGAGGUUUCAGGGGUGGUGCCCAAACCCACUGUGGAUCCUCAGCCCUGGUUCCAGGAUGGGCCCACAUCCUACCUUUCUCGUUCUGCUCCACCGUCCUCCCCAGCCAGCACAGAUAGUUUGCAGCUGGGGGCAGCCCCUGGGCCGGGCCUCAAGCCUGUCUGCACGGACCCUGGCGUUGGUCCCAAACUCAGCCCCACCAGCCUUAUCCAUCCAGCAGUGUCCACCCCACUUGAGUUAUCAUGUAAAGAAGGACCCACUGGCUGGUCCCCUGAUGGCAGCUUGGGGCCUGUGCUCCUGGAGAGCCCCCCCAGGGUGAGGCUGCCCUGCCAGACCCUCAUCUCGGACCCUGCCCUUGGACCCUCAGCAGCGGAACUGAAAUUAGAAGCUCUUACCCAACGUCUGGAGCGUGAGAUGGAUGCUCACCCGAAGGCCGAUUACUUUGGAGCCUGUGUGAAAUGCAGCAAAGGGGUGUUUGGGGCCGGCCAGGCCUGCCAGGCCAUGGGGAGCCUCUACCACGACACGUGCUUCACCUGUGCAGCCUGCAGCCGGAAGCUGAGAGGAAAAGCCUUUUAUUUUGUCAAUGGCAAAGUGUUUUGUGAGGAAGACUUCCUGUACUCUGGUUUCCAGCAGUCUGCUGACAGGUGUUUUCUUUGUGGACAUCUGAUCAUGGACAUGAUCCUGCAGGCCCUGGGAAAGUCCUACCACCCUGGCUGUUUCCGCUGUGUCAUCUGUAAUGAGUGUUUGGAUGGGGUGCCCUUCACUGUGGAUUCAGAGAACAAGAUCUACUGUGUCCGUGAUUACCACAAGGUGUUGGCCCCCAAGUGUGCAGCCUGUGGGCUUCCCAUCCUUCCACCUGAGGGCUCAGAUGAGACCAUCCGAGUUGUGUCCAUGGACAGAGACUACCACGUGGAGUGUUACCACUGUGAGGACUGUGGUCUGGAGCUCAAUGAUGAAGACGGUCACCGCUGCUACCCCCUGGAAGACCACCUGUUCUGUCACUCCUGCCAUGUCAAGAGACUGGAGAAAAGCCCCUCGUCUGCAGCACUGCACCAGCACCACUUCUAGCUGGAGCGUCUUACAGACCUGGCAGGGAUGAGGAGCCAGAGUUGCAGGAUGUGAAGGCUGCCAGUUCAUUCCCGGGGCCUCAGGGGGGUGGGGAGGGAAGAGGUAGGCAGGCGACUUUCUGUGUGUGGGGAGGUGCCUUUCCUUUAACCCGGGAAGUGAACCCUACCUGUCUGCUAUGUGUACUUUCCAAGUGGCCUUUCUCCAGUGCCACACCUUCAUCAGAUUACUCAGGAGAACACUCCAGCAAGUGUGUGGAGUGUGACAGAUUGCAUCCGUGCAAUUGAAUGAAUGCUCCAGUCCCGUCUGGGAACGGUACAUGCUUCAGAGGGAAGGUUUAUGCUGAGUGGAUUUCACAGUGUCGUCUGAAGGGAGUUUUCAGCUGCCGACACAUUUGGCUCUUUCCCUCCCCUUAGGAAAUACUGAUACCCAGCACCCCUACACCCUGCACACACAGCAUGAUUUAAAACUGUGCACACACAGACACACACACAGACACACCACCCACCCCACCCCCACCAUGAAUCACAGACACACACACACACACACACCUUAGGAAAUACUGAUACCCAGCACCCCUACACCCUGCACACACAGCAUGAUUUAAAACUACACACACACACACACAACACACCCCACCACCACCACUCCCACCCCCCCACCCACCAUGAUUCAAGACUUCCUUCAGCCCCAGAACCUAAGUUCUGUAGAAUGGCUGCACAUUUUACAUUCAUUAUGGCAAGAAGGAAGCUCUAACAUGUGCCUUGUAUCUUAGGGAAGAAUUUACUUGGUCAACCAGAGCCAAGUUUGGAAAUAAGUGACACAGAUUUUCUCCUGGUACACUGACAGCAUUCUGGGUGCCCCUGCAAGGCUCCCUUACAGGCAGCUGGGGGCCUGAUGGAGAUGUGCCCUGUUCUGGCAGAGUGUGCUUGGGGACAGGAACUUGGUGCGGGCACCAGGCCUCUUCUGCCCACCUCUGUGCCGUCUUUCCCUGGAGCUCUCAAGGGUCUGUGACUUUGGAGUCGCUCCUGCAGAGGCAAGUCUCAGGGUUUCUUGUGCCUGUAUGAGCUUCCUUAAUGGUGAGCCCUUUGGAAGUCCUGCCCACUUGCUGAGGGCUAGCCCCUUGUAAAUGAGGAGAGAAUUGUGUGUGUGAGAUCUCUAAGCCAGCAUGGGAGGGAGCGCCCCAGGAUUAGUUCCUAUGUUCAUUUCACAGGUUUCUCUCUCGCCCAGAUUUUGUGCAGGCAUUAUGUUUGAAGAAACCAGUAUAUAAGGUACAAUGCUUUUGUCUGUUUUUAAUUUUUUUUUUUUUUGUCAUUUCCCUCCACUUUCAGUCUUCUACACAUUAAAAAAUACCUCACAGUUAAGAGCUUCACCAAAUCGCAGAUAAGGAGGAAAUCAGCUGUCACACUGGACUCAGAUAACCUCCUUUUUGGUGGUAGAAAUCUCUGGCUUCACAGAGGCCAGCUUCCAGCAGGUCAGGGCACUGUGAACUGAACAAAGGGUCAGGUGGGAAAAGAUCUGAUUGAAAUUGGGGUGCUGUUGCCUUGUGCAUUUCAUUAUGCUGCCCCCACCCCCAUCCCAGGUGGCAGGCGCUCAGGGAGGGCCACACACUGGCAAGACUUCAAGGCAUCACUUCAAUAUGCACAGAAGAGGCUAAAUUUGCCCUGCAUCUCACACCCUGAGGCCAGAGGUCAAUAUCUCUUGAUGUGUCAAUGAGAAGAUGCUACUAAAAAAAAAGGUGGGCUGGCAUUUGCCCUUUCAGCCUGUGCGGAGGGCCCCAUGGCCUAAGUCUUGUGGCAGAAAGGGGGCGGCCCUCUCACCCCCGCCAGCCCGGCUGGGGGCACGGCAGCCGGUGUCUGUUCUCCACCUCCUCACUUUAUGCCCAGCUGGGGGCCCCGGGCAGCAGGGGCUGCAGAGUGUGGUCGGUGAAACCCAAAGGCACGUGGGACUUGCAGACUCUUCACUGGGCCCAGCUCUGCUUCUAAGCCAUGUUUUGACUCACUGGUAGCAGUUGCAGUAAGAAGUACCGAGCUGGCACGGUGGAUUUUCAGUUCCAUUUUUAUUCACUCUGUUGGGAGUCCUUUGUUCCAGACUGUGCUUUCAUUGACUCCUUUUCACUGGCUGAGCCUCCUAAAAUCCUGGGAGUGCAUGCAGCUGGGGCAGUGAGCCCUACAGCCGCACCCCUCCCUUGCAUCAAGCCGCCUAGCUCAGCACUGGCGGGGAUGGUGGGCCUGUGAGUCUUAACUUGUCCUUGGCCAACCUAGGAAUGUUUCUGGCCUUGCUGGUACACCUUUGCUCCACUUAGAAGUCAGAGUGAAGAAAAUUGCCUUGGAGUCAUUGUCAGAAGUAGCAGGGAUUUGUUUGCAAAUUGGGUAAUGAGUAAGUUUAUACAUCUGUGGUUAGAUUUUUAAAUGAACUUUUAGACAUGGUCUUAUUGAGGUGAUUCAGCUAUCUCUGCACACACGGCAUUUUAGAUCAUCCAAGAAGAAGAAGAGAAUUUCCAAAUACCCUAGAAAUCUGAGCAGCAACUUGUUGCAGUGUCCCGGAGAGGGUACUGGGGAAGAAUCUCCUGUCAGUUUUGUUUCUCAGGCCCUUCCACCAAAGCCAUGAACAGAUGUUCACUCACCUGGUAUCUGAAACACUCUGUAAGUUAUUAGCCAAAUAGAACCAUAAUAGAAUUGUAUUUUUAGGCACCUGGAAAGCACCUGGUAAACCAGGAUGAAGAAGUUUGUUUUAAAAAGUAGAGCAAAUCACCCUUCCUGAGUUCCCUGGAUGACUCCAGGACUCUAGAUAAAUGAGAAUUAUGGCCUGAGAUCCCAAAGCCAGCCUCCAUCCAGCCUUCUCCCUUCCCUCAUUUUGUCCUUCCGUUUUGUGUCAUCUGCCUAGCUAGGGCCAUUCAAAACCUGCCUGGGUGGUCCGAGAAAAGCCUAGUUUGUCCUACUGUAUCUGGAUCCUUUUCUGAUGUUAUUCCCCCAUCUCUCCAGGAGUAAAGGGUGAUCUGUUCAUUUCUCACCAUGGAAGGGCAUUUAAUCUUGUCUGGAUCCCAUUUUAGCUGAGUCUGCUUACGUUGUGCCAGUGGUUUCUGGGUGGCCGAGGGACAGUCAAGGAGUUUGAUCGUCUUCAAGUGCCACCAUCACCUUGUUUCUGUGGGCUUGAGGCACAGAUACAAAAGGAAAAACAGACCUGUUAGUAUUUGAAAGGAUUAUUUGGAAUUCUCCAUCCUUUGUGGGUUGUUUAGUGUGCCAUGUGCCAUGUGUGUGGCAAGGGUGAGGGCUGCUGGUGUUCUGGCAGACUGCAUGCAAGGCUUCACCCCGACUGCUGUUGUCUGAUGCACUUGUUAAAACUGUCUGCCAGGAAGCCACGUAUUUUGUACUCUCCUUUGGGCCAGGAAUAAGUCCUAAUUUCCCAAUUACUAUUUUACUUCAAAGAGUAAAAAGUUAACUUCAUUUUAAAAAGUAAUAGGAAGAAAUUAGUUAAAUAUAUUAGCUAUCUAUUAUUCUGAGCCAGAACUGGUCAGAUGUGGGAAAUUUCCAUAUAGUGUAUGAAAAUUUCACUGUGCAGGGAAAUUAUUUUCCUCUGUGUGUCUUCUUUUACUACAGAAUUAUUCAAAAAUGUUACUGUUACUAUAAAAUUAUUCAAAAUGUUGCUAUAAAAUUAUUCAAAAUUUUACUGUUACUAUAAAAUGAUUCAAAAUAUUGUUACAUAAAAUUAUUCAAAAUAUGACAAAACUGCAUCAAUUUGUAGACUAUUAAACUGUUCUCCAACAGAA